GCUUACAGGGGAACUAUAUGCUGUGCGUUGAUAAGACGACUUCCUGGGGCGCACACGGUUUGUUUACAAGCACAUGGAAAACACGUGGAUUUAAGGGUGGUCCUGUUUGCGGACAAAAAAACUUGAAAAAAUGCCACGUAGGGUAUCAUUUUUCUGGUGUCGGUAGACGAGACAGGAACAUAUAGUGAAAAUAAUUACCGGUGUGAUACCUACAUUGAGGUCAGGCACUGGUUGAUUGGCUGUAUGACAUUGCGCCAUUUCAAAAUGGCGGACAAAGCUGGUAUUUGCAAUAUAUCAUGGCGGGUGUGACCAGUCAACAGGGGACGCUUACUCCUCCUAGGAACCUGAUCCCACCUCUGGGGUGUCCAGGGGCUCCCAAUGGACACAUAUUUCUGGAGUCUUUUCACCAGUUUACAGACAUGCACACGAUUUCUUGAUCGCCAUCUCAGAGGUUUGUUUCCACUUCACGAGAAGAAGAAAAACGAUUCUAAAAAAAGAACAACAACUUAUUAAUAAAGUGCUUUUCCUUUCUACAUGAUCAGACAUGUACUUUCUCACUGCCCGUGUGGCGCCCAGAGUUUAUACAGGAGUACAAACUGACAGCUUACGCCCUCUACUGCCUUACUAAUGUAUGUCUAAAAUUUCGUCUGCUACAACUUCACCCUGGUCAUCGGUGAUGCGGAAUUGUACCUACUGCUAGACGAUGACGUUAGGCUUUAGCAAAAAGGUCAUUCACAGGAUGUAUGGGCGAUGAGUCGUCAAGUUGCAUUAAGACCUACACACCGCACUGCCUCCGUGUCACAGCAGCCAUAAGGCUUUCAGUUGUGGUCCACAGCAGAUGACAGUAUCAUGUGCAGAUUUACUUCUGAUGCCAAGGAUAAAGCAAUAGGAUCUUCCAUCCGAAUCAGUCCCUACUCAAUGUUGGCCCAUUCCACCAAACGUUCUUGGGAAGCAGAAAAGGUUAUGGAGUGGAUGCAGAGUCAGGAAUGGGGAAUAAUGAUUCUGGACGAUGUGAGGAAAUUCUAUCCCCUGUCGACCGGUCACACCCACCGUGAGCCCUUUAUCUUGAUCAGGUUUAGUAGCUGAUCAUGGAAAGGAUUGGACAAGGAAUAUGUCUCUUUGCUAUAAUUCUCGUUUUCCAAGUCAGAAAAGUCCAGCUUGAUACAGCACUUUGUGGAGAACCGCCUAAAAUUAAAGGAGCCACCAUACAUGCCAUCAUGCGUAUGCCUUCUGCAGAUGAUGAAGAGAGCACCGUUGGUCUUUAUUUUUGUGAUGAAAACCCACUUGCAGGAAGCUCAACGAUCACGUGUGGUCCGGACGGACGAUGGGGACAAUGGUCAAACAAGAACCUUUUCUGCAGGCCGUCUUGUGGACCACCACCAACAAUACCGCGAGCUACGAUAUCUGAAGGUGAAAAUCUCGAGGGCACAACAAGAACAUACUCUUGUCUUCAAAACACGGUCAUCAGAGGCACAACAACUAUCACGUGUGGCCUGGAUGGACAGUGGUCAAAGACGAAUUUGCAAUGCCGAUCAAUAUGUGGAGAACCGCCUAGAAUCGAAAGAGCCACAAUCUCUGCUGGAGAAAAUGUAGAGGGCACCACUCGUACUUAUGCCUGCAAUCAAAACACAAGUACAGAAGGCAAUACAUUGAUCAAAUGUGGUCCGGACGGACAGUGGUCAAGCACGAACCUUUACUGCAGGCCGUUCUGUAGACCACCACCAAAGAUAUGGGGAGCUACGAUCUCUAAAGGUGACAAUCUCCAGGGUACAACAAGAACGUAUUCUUGUCUUCAGAACACCGUCAUGAAAGGUACACCAACUAUUACCUGUGGCGUGGAUGGACAGUGGUCAAAGACGGAUUUGCAUUGCCGGCGAAAAAGAAGAAGAUUCAUCAAGAGCUUCAUCAAGCAACUCAUCCGAAUCUGCAACGGGCAGCUCAUCGGAAGAAGAAGACUCUUAAACAGAUCUCUAACCCAGAACCAUAUCAGAAGGCCCUCCUUAUGUCAAAUGUAGAAUAGUCACAGUAGUUUGUUUCCUAUUACAUGUACAUUAAAGUAAAUUCUUGUUUAAA